UUCAGCAGCACGAGCCGCUCAGCACCAGAGUCUGAGAUGGAGACAUCAAGAGUCGCUCUCAUCGCUCUCGUGUGUGUUGUGUUCUCCAGUCAGAAGAGGAUCUCUGGAGCAGAAGUGGAGAUGAGAGUCAGACCAGGAGACGACGUCACUCUCUACUGUGACUGUGUUUGGAAAGAUGGAUUUUAUCCAGUGUGGUUUAGAAACUGCUCAGAAGAAGAUCAUCCUCCUUUUAUCAUCUCAUCUACCGAAUUGAUUCUUGGUGAUUUUUCACGUUAUUCGUUUGUGUUGAACGUUUCCACCAACACACACAAUCUGCUGAUUAAAAACAUCACAGAAUCAGAUCAGGGCCUGUACUACUGCGCUCUGAGUGAGAAGAAGGUUACGGACUAUAAAAAUGGUCCAAUACGCAGCAGUGACGUUUAUCACUAUGGAAACAAAUCAACUCGACUCUCUGUACUCGCAGAACCCUGUCACAGUGUAUCAGAGGAGAGUGUAAGCUGUGUAAGCUGGAGUCUGGUGUUCAGUGUGUGUGUUGUGUGUGUUCUCCUCUCCUCACUCCUCUCCUCCAUCUGUGUGUACUGCGUCUGCACAAACACCACUAAAGGAUCUGAACAGAGAGGAGAUCUGAUCACUGAAAAUGACUUUCAGGUACAUCAGUGUGAGAAGAGUGUAAAUGGGGAGUUUUGUUGUCACACUGAAGUCUUUUACACACUUCAGAAACCAGCAAUCAAAUCGGACUAAACCUCCCCAUACACCCCCCCCCACACACACCCACACACACACACACACACACACACACAC